UAACCUGGACAUGAUUUGUAGCCAACUUCACUAGAGCAGUUGUUGUGUUUGAUUCGGUGCGUUGGGUUGAAUUAUUGGUGAAUAUAAAUCACAGAUUUGUUGAAAAUGGUGAAAUUAACUCCAGAUUUGAUACAGCAAUCUAUGCAGUACAUUAAUCCUGUAAAGGAUCGUGAAUUGGACCUUAGAGGAUAUAAAAUACCUACAAUUGAAAACUUGGGUGCAACUCUCGAUCAAUUUGACACAAUAGAUUUCUCAGACAAUGACAUCAGAAAAUUAGAUGGAUUUCCAUUAUUGAAAAGAAUUAAAACACUUUUUUUUAAUAAUAACCGUAUUGUCAGAAUUGGCGAAGGAUUAGAACAUUGCAUACCAAACUUGGAGACACUUAUGUUAACUGGAAAUAUGAUUCAAGAAUUGGGUGAUUUAGAGCCGUUGACCCAACUAAAGAAUUUAACGAAUCUUUGCCUGCUGCAAAAUCCGGUUUCCGCAAAACCUCAGUAUAGGCAAUAUAUAGUAUACAGAUUUCCACAGUUGAGACUGCUAGACUUUAGGAAAAUUAAAAUGAAGGAACGCGAGGCUGCAGUUGCCUAUUUCAGAAGCAAAAGGGGAAAGGAAAUGGUUCGCGAGAUUGCAAAGAAAGCAAAAACACAAGCUUCUGGUACAUUCCCUGAUAAACCUAUGACUACUCCAGAGGAACGUAAUAAAAUUAGGGAAGCUAUUACAAAUGCUUCUUCUCUGGAAGAAGUACAACGUCUCAGUAAAUUGCUUCAAGCUGGUCACAUGCCUAGUGAAGAAAGAUUACAGAAUGGAAAUACAGUACCUGAAGCAAUGGAAGAAGAAGACGAUUAAAUUUUUUAUAUGUUAUUCUCAGAUUUAGAUUAAAGAGGUACAUUCUUUUUUAUUGCUGUAAGUAUUAAUUGAUAGUUUUGGUGAAUACAAUGGCGGAUUGUUAAGCUAAUAAGAAACCAUAUACUACACAACUUCAUUCUUAUUGGAAGAUGAUUCGAACUGCUCAGAAUAAAUUGAUUGAAAUACCUAAUUGCCCUGAAGCGAUUUUAUAAAUAUAUGUUUACAUAAUCAAUACA